UAUUUCUCAGUCCCCAGCAGCCAAUAGGGCAUCUAGUCUUCUAUAUGAUAUCUAUGGCGGCUCCGCCUCUGGCUCCACGGACGAUUCAUUCUGCGCAUGCCCUGGCUCCAAACUGACGUUUUUAUGUAACGUGGCGGCGACCGUGGACGGACAUUUUUGGCUUCAAUUCAUUACAAUGGUGGGAGGCGACGUCGCGUCGUCCAUCUUUUUUUUACAGUCUGUUUUGAAUCAGAUAACGAAGCAGUCACGUGGGUGUGUGUGAAACGAAGCUUCGGACGUCAUUGGUCACGUGAUUUUGCCAGAACGAAUCAAGCUUCGAUACAAAGCUUCAAUGAAAAUCGGUUCGUUUUUUGGACACACGCUUCGGAGCUUCGGUGUCACUGAAACUUGUUAACUUGCAGAACAAAUGGGUCUUUUUGACAAGCUUACGGGUUUGCUGGGUCUGAAAAAGAAAGAAGUAAAUGUACUGUGUUUGGGUCUGGACAACAGUGGGAAAACUACCAUAAUCAACCAACUAAAACCCACUACUGCUCAGGCUCAAGACAUUGUUCCAACCAUUGGAUUCAGCAUAGAAAAGUUUAAGACCUCAAGUCUUUCUUUCACAGUCUUUGACAUGUCGGGGCAGGGGAGGUACAGAAAUUUGUGGGAACACUAUUACAAGGAUGGUCAUGCCAUUAUAUUUGUAAUUGACAGCGGAGAUAAACUGAGAAUGGUGGUGGCAAAGGAGGAAUUGGAUACGCUUUUGAAUCAUCCUGUGAUGGGUAUAUUUUCUAUGAGGACGUGCUCCGGUCCUAACAGCAAGACCACAGACAGUAAAAAAAAUAUGGUCGUAGUGUCCGUGACGUCACCCAUUGGUUUGCGAAGAUCGUUUUUGAAGCUUAAAGUAGGCAUUGCCUGCCGUCGCCAUCUUGGACGCCCGUCACAGCGAAUCACUCGCGGAAAACUGAAAAUGGACAUUAAGCACAGGAGGCUACCCAUACUCUUCUUCGCCAACAAGAUGGACCUCAGAGAUGCAUUAUCUGCUGUAAAGGUUUCCCAACUGUUGUGUCUGGAAAAUAUUAGGGACAAACCCUGGCAUAUCUGUGGCAGUGAUGCAGUAAAGGGGGAUGGCUUGCAGGAGGGCGUAGACUGGCUACAAGGUCGCGGCCCCCCACUGCUAAGAAACAGAAUCUCCUCUGUGGCCAGAUUCCUGAGAUAAGGUGACAGCGGAGAGUCUGAAGGUUGCUGCGUAGCCAUGCGUAACAGACGUGACCCUGUGUAGCUUAAGUAAUGUUGUUUACCAAUUGUCAUAGGCCUAUUUCACUGUAAAUAAAAGUGAAUUUUUUUUCUU